AUGUGGCUGUUUAUUGCAAUCCUGGUUUUGAUACAAGCACCCAUGAACUCAGCAGAUGUCAUCGAGCAGGAAAAGGCCAUAAAUCCCGAGACUUUCAUGAAUGUUAGCCAAAUGAUCUCCCACAGAGGGUACCCCAGCGAGGAGUAUGAAGUCCUGACUGGCGACGGCUACUACGUCAGCCUGAACAGAAUUCCUCAUGGGAGAGAAAACCCUGGGAACAGAGGGGCCAAGCCGGUCGUGUUUCUCCAGCAUGGGUUUCUCGGAGAAAGUAGCUUCUGGGUGGAAAAUCUGGCUAACAACAGCCUUGGCUUCAUACUAGCAGACUCUGGCUACGACGUCUGGCUGGGAAACAGCCGGGGGACAAGCUGGUCCCAGAGACACCAGUACCUUUCAGUCGACCAGGUUGAAUUCUGGGAUUUCAGCUUUCACGAAAUGGCAAUGUACGACCUCCCAGCCAUGGUCGACUUUGUUCUGCAGAAGACUGGGCAGCAGCAGAUCUACUACGUUGGCCACUCCCAAGGCUGCACAAUCGCAUUCAUUGCAUUUUCGUCCAUGCCAGAACUGGCUCGGAAAAUCAAAAUGUUUUUUGCCCUGAGUCCAGUAGUGACAACCAAGUUCACCAAAAGUCCCAUCGUGAAAAUGUCCUUCCUUCUGGACCGGCAGUUCAAGGUGGUUCAGCUUCUGCUCGGCAAAACAGAUGCCUCGCUGCGGGUGAGGAGGCUGUGGAGGUUCCUCCCCAAGCUGUGCAGGAACCCACUGCUGCACAAGCCCUGUGCCAACCUCUUCUUCCUGAUGGGUGGCUACAAUGAGAAGAACUUCAACAUGACGCGGCUGGAUGUGUACACGUCCCACUUUCCGGAUAGGACAUCUGUCAAAAAUGUGAUACACUGGGCCCAGGUGACAAAAUCAGGAGAAUUCAAAGCCUUCGACUACAGCAACAAAAACCCAGUUGUGUACCACCAGGAGAAACCUCCCUUCUACCGGGUGGAGGAGAUGCACGUGCCCACUGCGGUGUGGUCAGGGGGGGAGGACUGGGUAGCUGACCGGAGGGAUGUCCACCUGCUGCUGCCCCGCAUCGCCCAUCUCGUCACCUACAACCACAUCCCUGACUGGAACCACUGGGACUUCGUCUGGGGCUUGGAUGCCCCUGGGCGCCUCUACAGCAGCAUCCUGGAGCUGAUGGAGAAGUCUCAGUAG